CCUUAAGUAGGUAAAUGAUUACCUUUUGAGCUUCCUUUACAAGGACCACAUUCUUGUAAUACUGGAUAGCCGUUUAUCUCAAGAAAAAACUCAAAACAAUUCUCUCCAAGGCUGAAAACUUGUGCCUCAGAAAUUAAACAGUCAUGUCAUACACAAAGCUGAACCUAUUUCCUCUUAUGGUUGCACUUUCCUUGCUCUUAAUAUCUACACUCUCGUUUUCUUUCGUUAAUGGGACUUCUUUGGUUGAUGGUGAAGUCAGUGAGCCAAUGUAUAGAAGUAAAAGGUUUUUGGCAGAGAGCAAUGGUACUGGAAACUCAUCUUUAGUAUUGGCUGCUGAAAGAACACAUAGAGAAGAUCCACUUGAAGAUCGGAGUUACUACACUGGUGGAUGGAACAUCAGUAACAGUCAUUAUUGGGCUUCAGUUUCUUAUACUGGUGCCCCUCUUUUCAUCAUUGCUUUAUUCUGGUUUGUGGCAUGUGCCAUUUGCCUGCUCCUAGUUUGUUUCUAUUGUUGUUGCUGCCGGAGAAGACGCUAUGGUUACUCUCGAACUGCUUAUGCACUUUCACUUAUUUUUCUCUCGGCAUUCACCAUUGCUGCAAUAGUUGGUGCUGCUGUUCUGUUUACUGGACAAGGGAAAUUUCAUGACGGUACAAAACAUACAUUGGAUUAUGUUGUGAACCAAGCAGGAGAAACGGUUGACGGUUUAAGGAAUGUGUCAAACAUUCUGGCUGUUGCCAAGCACACUGGAGUUAAUCAAAUCUUUCUACCUCAAGAUGUUCAAAACAACAUUGACAAGGUUGACACCAAGAUUAGCUCGGCUGCUGAAACUCUUGAAACAGAAACUGAGAAGAACAAGAAGGAUAUCAUGAUUAUCUUAGACUGGGUGAGGCGAGUUCUCAUCAUUGUUGCUGCUGUAAUGCUUGGUUUAGCUGCACUUGGUUUCUUGUUCUCUAUACUUGGCCUGCAGGUUCUCGUAUACAUCCUAGUCCUUGUAGGCUGGAUCCUCGUUGCAGUCACCUUUAUCUUAUGUGGUGCAUUUCUUGUUCUUCACAAUGCAACGGGGGACACAUGCGUGGCCAUGAAUGAUUGGGCAAAAAACCCAACAGCUCAUACGGCACUUGAUGAUAUAAUCCCUUGUGUGGACACUGCUACUGCACAAGAAACAUUGUCUCAGAGCAAAGAGGUCACCUACCAAUUGGUUGGAGUGGCUAACAGGAUCAUCACCAAUGUUUCAAAUAUUGAUCCGCCUUCAGGUGUCGGUUUCAACCAAUCUGGUCCAUUGGUCCCUAACCUCUGCAAUCCGUUUAAUUCAGACAAGACAGACCGGAAAUGUGCAAGUGGUGAGGUGGAACUUAGCAAUGCUACACAGGUUUGGAGGAAUUAUGUCUGCCAAGUUUCAGCAAAUAAUGUGUGCUCCACCGUGGGCCGUCUGACCCCUGAUAUGUACAACCAAAUGACUGCUGUAGUUAACGUUAGCAACGGCCUGUAUCAUUCGGGGCCUUUCCUUAGCGAACUACUUGACUGCACUUUCCUUCGAGAUACCGUCAGUGUCAUUCAUGAUGAACAUUGUCCUGAUUUGACACGAUACAGUAAGUGGGUCUACAUUGGUUUAGCUCUAGUCUCAGCUGCAGUAAUGCUGUCACUCAUUUGUUGGGUACUAUAUGCAAGAGAGAGGCGUCACCGCAAGUAUACCAAACUCGUUGAUGCUACAUCUGGUCAAGAAUCUUACGCAGGGAAAAGCCAAGGGUGAUUUUUCGAAUAUUUGGACAAGCAGUAAGACGUUCUUUUUAUUUUCUUAUGUAUAUAGUAUGGCUAAUACCAGAUUAUAUCUGCAGUAUUGCAUGCUUUAAGUACGACAUGAGAAUACGUAAAGUCUCUUUCAUGUUUGUCUAUGACAAGUUGAUUAGGGACUUGUAGGGAUUGCUAGAAGUUGUUCAUACACAAUUGACACUAGGAAUGAUGCAGAUUGUUGUGUGUAUAUGUACAUGGACAUCAAAUUUUGUGCUUACAUAACGCUCCUCACGUUUAUGUUUAUUGAUUCAUGAUA